AUGGCCAUCCUCGACAAAGAAAACCGGCCCCGCGGCCUGCGGGUUCCAUCCUUUGCUCGCAAAGGCUUCAAGCAGAAGUCCUCGGAUUCUCUGCCGGACAAAGAGCCAGAGCAGGUACAGGCACCCGUGACGACGGUAAUCCCACCGCGAACCGACUCGGCUCCUGAUUAUUCGGCUCCUGCUCCGCUGCCUGCCGCCGUGCAGCCACCAUCAUCCGCAUUCAAUGCCCCUAUCCAUCAUCAAGAUGACCUCCCACAACCUGCUCCGCCAGCAGCUAACUACACCCCCGCUCCCCGCGCUUAUCAGGCCUAUCGUCCUCCUGCUACUUCGGAGCCUGUGCAAAGCCCUCCGGCAAGGAAGGAAGUUCCCUUACCUGCCUUACCUGCCAUCCAACGCCCGGAUGCCGAAGAGCCAUUGGAAGACUUCAUCCCAGAACCCGAGCCAGAAUUGGACGACACUGGCGCGCCUAUCGAGCCUGUGUCCAGUGAAGAAAACAAUGGCCCAUGGACGCCUCCUGAUAUUGAGCCUGUCGCGGCACCGCUGAACAAAUUGCACUUUGCCUGCUACCAGGACCAUCGGUCCAUGCCCCCUGCCAACAAUGUCUGGCAUGCUGUUCCCUGCAUGACCUGCCAGAAGUUCGACCGCGAUGUUCGAUACCGGUGUGUCUUUUGCUGCUUGCGCAUCUGUACCGGCUGUUUCCAGACCCUGCAGACGAUCCCACGUCGCUCAUUGGCGCAGCUAAUGGAGUCCAUUCCCGCGGCCAAAGCCUGA